AUGAAAAAGUCCCUAUCAGACACGGGCUGCCCCACCUCUGAUUCGGAAGUGCCCGUCCAUUCAAUUGACACUGAUAAACGACGCAGGAACCUGCAGAUCUGCUUCAUGAAUGAGUCUCUAUCGGACACGGAUAGCCCCACCUCCGAUUCGGAAGUGCCCGCCAUUUUCCCCCACCGACUUGACACCGUCACCCCCAGCCCGUCGCCAUCUGUCCCGCUCGACGACAACUAA